AUGAAGCCAACUACUCUUUUACACGCCUUUCUAAGGUCGUCUCUCGUUGCAGGUCAUGCCAUACAUCAGAGAGAAGAUGCCUUCAAGGUUCCAACAGUCAACACCACUAGCGGCAUGGUCUCUGGACACGCAGCUUCUAAUACUACUGGGGUCUCUGAAUACCUCGGUAUUCCAUUUGCCGCACCGCCAGUUGGAGCGCUGAGGUUUGCACCGCCGCAGCCAUACAAGGUAUCAGCCGUGGGGAAUAUUACAGUUCCUGGUGCAAAUAUCCUUACGAUUAUCGGUCAAUCGGAACUAACUUUGAGUGAGGAUUGCUUGACGCUGAAUAUCUGGGUACCUUCUGGAGGGGAGAAGAGCAAAGCAGUGCUGCUGUGGAUCUAUGGGGGAGGGUUCUCAGUUGGAGGAGCAGCUGUACCAUUCUAUGAUGGUCAGUAUUUUGCGGAGCAAGAAGAUGUUAUUAUUGUGGCUAUCAAUUACCGCGUUAAUAUCUUCGGCUUCCCGGGCAAUCCUGCAGAGCCGAACGCAAAUCUGGGGCUUCUUGAUCAAAGACUUGCCGUUGAAUGGACUCGUGACAACAUUCCUGCGUUCGGUGGAGAUGCAUCUCGAAUUACCAUGUUUGGUCAAUCAGCAGGGAGUGCCUCUCUUGAAUACUACGCCUAUGCGUGGAAAGAGAACCCCAUUGUUGCUGGACUGAUUCAACAAUCUGGUAGCAUUGACCAUAAGAACCCAUCUCCCCAAGAAGCUAAAUCCGUGGAGGACAGCUGGUUCUCCGUCAGCAAGGGUCUGGGUUGUGGCGAUCCUUCAUCCGACCAUAAUGAAGUUUUGAAAUGUAUGCGUACUAAGGACAUGGAAGAUAUCCUGGCAUAUGUGCCAGGGUUUGCUGGGGCGUCUAAUCUCACAUUCGACCCCGUGGCUGAUGAAAUCACCAUUUUCUCGGAUUUGGAAGAACGCACUAAGGCUGGAAACUUCUCAAAGGUGCCUCUUUUGCUGGGCACCGUGGAUUACGAAACUGGCCUUACCAUGAGUCUGGAUUUGACUGAUCCUAAGGCUGUGGGUCACCCGCAGGAGUACUGGGAUAAUAUUGAUGAGCAUUCCAUGUGUUCUGUUGGUGAGAGGGCCAACAUUAGUAUCUCGCACGAUGCCCCUACAUGGAGAUAUCGUUAUUUUGGAGUGUGGCCCGACAUGCAGCUCACGACGUACCCCAACAGUGGAGCUUGGCAUACAAUUGAUGUACUUGCUGUUUUUGAUUUCGUUCCUCGGGGUCCUGGAAUCCCCGACCAAACCCCUGCGCAGAUUUCUACCGGCAAGUAUGUGAGGGGAGCCUGGGCAGCCUUUGCAAAGGACCCCAAGAAAGGAUUGAAGAGUUAUGAGGAGGGUUGGCCGUUAUACAAUCCAGCGGAGGACACAUUGAUCAGACUAGCGUAUAACAACCAGACGGGAGCAAACCUGGGUAGUCCUUCCCAAUAUGACAAGGGCUGCAAUUCGACGUUCCCUGUGAAUGGAUCUGGGACAAGCAGUGAUACAGAUGCGGCCAAUCCGAUUUCAUCACCCGCGGUAUUCAAUGGUGGAAGCAGAUUAGGCAGCUCUCUGGGCAUGGUAUUUUUGGCGGCUGUUAUCACGGCCAUCGCUUACUAA